AUGACCGCUGCACUUAGGAUGCUUGCUUAUGGAGUAGCGGCUGAUUUUAUGGAUGAAUAUGUGAGAAUAGCAGAAACCACUGCAAUAACUAGUUUGAAAAAAUUUGUUGCAGUAGUGGUUGCUACUUUUUCAGAGGAAUACUUGAGGUCACCCAACAAUGAAGACAUCGCUAGAUUGUUAGCUCAUGGCCAAAAUCGUGGAUUUCCAAGCAUGUUGGGAAGUAUUGAUUGCAUGCAUUGGAAAUGGAAAAAUUGUCCAACUGCAUGGAAAGGGAUGUAUUGUGGUCAUAUUCGUGAGCCAAGUAUUAUUUUGGAAGCAGUGGCUUCAUAUGAUCUUUGGAUAUGGCACUCAUUUUUUGGGUUACCUGGAUCAAACAAUGAUAUUAACGUGUUGGAGCGGUCUCAUGUAUUUUCUGAACUUGCACAAGGACGUGCUCCUGCAGUUAAUUACUCAAUUAAUGGUGAUGAUUACACAAUGGGAUACUAUCUUGCCGAUGGCAUAUAUCCACAAUGGUCAACAUUUGCGAAGACAAUCCCAAGGCCACUAGGAGCAAAAAGAAAAUUAUUUGCAAAAGCUCAGGAGGCAUAUAGGAAGGAUGUAGAGCGUGCAUUUGGAGUGCUUCAAGCACGAUUUGCUAUUGUACGUGGACCUGCACGGUUUUUUUAUCAUGAAACACUACAAGACAUUAUGAAAGCGUGCAUAAUUCUUCAUAACAUGAUCAUUGAAGAUGAGCGAGAUGAAGCUGAAGCAGUGGACUUAGAUUAUGAACAAAUUGAUGAGAUUUCAUGUACAUCAAUGUCACGUGAGCCAACAAAUGAAUUUACGGAAUUCACUCAAGUUCAUCAAUGCAUUAGGGAUCGAGAAGUUCAUUCUCAACUCCAAAUGAAUCUCGUUGAGCAUUUAUGGCAAUUACAAGGAGAGUCAUGA